AGCAGCGUCGUCAACAACAGCGAGCCAGUGUUAUUCACGAGUUACGCGACGUAGCGCACCACUGCACGCAGCUCGUCCUGAACGCGCACUCGCACUUACGUAUCGCUUUUGCGCGCGCUAUUGUGUGGCACGAUCACAACAAUAUUAUAAUAUUGUAUCCACCAAUAUCUAUUAUAUUUUAUCGAUUUCGUUAGUCGCGAAUUUUUUUUUCUCUCCAUAAACGCCUCGUUUAAUUUUCUCCGAUCUGUAAGGCCGUCGUGGGGGGACCGUGAAUCACGUACGUCCGUUGUUCAGGUUUUUCUUGUUUUUCUCUCAACGUUCACCAGUCCUCGCUAUCGAACUAGCGGUAUUUGUCGCUCUAGAGGGACCCACCGACCGGGGGGACACGGGCACGACCGUUCAACGGCCAGAGAAAUCCGGCGUUAAACCAUCCGCGACCCGUUCAUCAGCAACCGCUCGACCGAUCACCAACACGACGACUUUUCGCACUAGCGCCCGGUGGACGGAGACCACUGUUAUUGCCGGCGUGAACGUUAUAUGAUGUUGGCCCGGCGCCGCAGACGCCGAUACCGACGUUACAACGCUUCAACGACUAUCAGGAAGAGCGGAACAGUGACAGCGGCCGACAGACUAAUCAUCGUCAGCAGAACCAGCAGCUCCAGUGACAACGACGCAGCCGUACGCCAACAUGACGACCACCGUCGGUCUGCUCUCGCCCCUAUUGCCGCCGACCGCUGUGACGGCAGCCGUGGCCGAAGAGCAUCAGCAACAGGAUUACUAUUACGUGCCACAGCCUCAGCCGACACGGGUCGUUCGCAUGAAAAUGUGGAGUGACGACGACGACCAGAACUUUUACUGCGCCGACGACAGUUCGACGAAUAGCUUUUUACUACUGAACAACAUGGGUAUUCAUGUUUCACCGAUGACAACCAUCAAUACAAGCAUGUCAAAUGAAACUGGCAGCGAAUCAAAUGCUUGUAAAAGACGAUUAUCUUCAUCAUUAGAAGACGAUCAUAUUCCUAAAAUAGCAAGACGAAUGGCUAACAAUGAGGAACUAUUACUGAAUGAACAUAUUAUAGAGCAAUUGGAUUCAGCGUCUCAAUUGAAUGAUGAUGAUGCUACAUCAUCAAUUGUUGCUGCAAUAGCAGCUGUUACUGAUGAUUCAGAUUGCAGUGUUGAAGAUGAUGACGACGAUGAUGACGACGAUGAUGAUGAUGAUGAUCAAUACUUACCUGCUGGUAGUUUGUCACUAUCUUCGUCUAAUAGUGGAAAUGUCUCUAAUUCUGCCAAUUCAUCUUCUUUAUCAACAUUAUCGUCUUCUCAACAACAUAACUCUCACAAUCACUGGAGACAAAAUCACCAACAACAGCAAACUAUCAAAUGUGACACUAAUGGUAAGUGUUAUUUGGAUUUAGGAAGUGGUGGUAGCAUUACAACGACUACGACAAUGGCUAUAAUUCAACAACGAACUAAUACCGAACCAGAAUGCUGUGAGUUGGGACGUUGUGUACCUGCUACACAAUGUUACAGACGUCGUAGAGCUGCAGUGUUUGAUGCAUCAAUGCGUAAAUUAGGAAAAUCUAGCGGUGGAUCCAAUGGUGGUUCUCAGCAAAGCUGUGAGGCUGGAUUGCGUAGGUCGGUGCUUAUUUGUAACACUUUGAGAUUGAUUGAGCGUGAAAUGUCUCGAGAAGCUGCUGCUGCAGCACAGCAAGCUCAACAACGACGUAGCUUAUCGACAACGAUAAAUACUCAUCAAUCACACCAACAGCAACAAAUUGAUGUCUUACACCAUCAAAACCAUAAUAAUAAUAAUAGACGAUCUCCAACACCUUACCCUUCUGAAUACAGAAAUGGUCGACCAGAUAUGAUGGUUGAUCAUAAUAGUAGCAGUAGUAGUAGUAGCAGUAGCAGUAGCAGUACAACAGAUUCUAUUGACUCUGGUGUUGAUGAUGAAUAUUACUACGAUGACGACGAUGAUGAAGUAGAUCAUCAUCAUGGUCAUGCAACAGGAAUGACUACUAAUCAUUUAGAUUUGAAUAAUCACCAUCUUCAGUACUACAAUUUAAAUGGAAGUAUUGAAGAUUGUGAUAAUUAUAUUAAUUCAGAUGAGUAUGAUGAAGAUGAUGAUGAUGAAGAUGAAGAUAUCGAUAAUUCCAACUUGCCUCUAAUGGAUCAUCAAACCUAUGAUAACAGUUUCAACAAUAAAAGAAAUACAGCUUUGGGUAUUGGCAAUCAUCAGUGUGAUGAUAAUAUAUUACCAUUGAUUGGUAAUAGUAACACUACUAUUACAUCUAUUGAUUGGGGCUCAGUUUUAAGCUUAUCAUCAUCAAAUAAUAAUAGCAAUGGUAACAGUUCACAAUCGUUGUCAUCAACUUCAAUAACAUUGAUGGAUAAUAUUAAUAGCGAUUGUGAUAUGUCUACGACAGUAUCUAGUGAUAAUGGAGAUCGCAAAUCUCAGCAACAUAAACGUAGAAGACGACACUAUAAAAAUCAUUACCAUCAUAAUCAAACCCAUAACAAACAGAGACAUCAUCACCAUUCCCACCAUCAUCAACGGACCCAGAAACGUCGAGAACGUGGAAUUGUAUCGUCAUUAUUAAUGUCAAAAAGUAAGACAUCAACUAAUUAUCAAGUACCAUCACUAGUGAAUCUUUGUAAUAAUGAAGGAACUAAUUAAAUACUUGCAACAUUAUAUCUUUUAAAAACUUAAAUGUAUAUUUAAAAGCAUUAAGUAUUGAUGUGUGAUUAUAUGACAAUGGAAUGAUUAAAUUUACCUAGAUGUUUACGCGUGUACCUGAUAGAUCACAUUUAUAUAUAUCUUAAAUAAUUAUUGAAUACCUGUAAAGAUAUUGAUAUGCAAAUAGCAAUCUGCAACAAGGAUGGCUGUGUAAUAUUUAAACCAACGGGCAGCUCAAUUAUUAUUAUUAUUUUUUAAUUUUAAUGUAGGUUAUGUUAUUAUAAUUUUAUUAUCUCUUGUAGAAUAAAAUAUGUGGACAUGUAUUUUAUUUUCAAAACAAAUCAACAGCCAACAAUAUUACUAAAUUCUUCAUCAUGACACUAAUAUUUAAAUUAAAUGUUUUGCAAUAAAAUUAUAUGAAUAUGUUAUAGGUCUUAUAAUAUAUUAA